CAACUCUCUCUAUCACUCAUCACUACACACUUCUCAUUUUACAAACAAUCAAUAGCCCCUAAAACAAAGAAAAAUGGCUGGUCUAAUGAAGUUGGCAUGCUUGGUCUUGGCCUGCAUGAUUGUGGCCGGUCCAAUCACAACGAACGCGGCUCUGAGCUGUGGAACCGUUAACAGUAACUUGGCAGCAUGCAUUGGCUACUUGACCCAAAAUGCGCCCCUCGCCAGAGGUUGCUGCACCGGCGUUACUAAUCUGAACAACAUGGCCCGUACAACCCCCGACCGUCAGCAAGCUUGUCGUUGCCUUGUAGGAGCCGCUAACUCCUUCCCUAGUCUAAACGCUGCCCGUGCUGCUGGACUUCCUAAGGCAUGUGGAGUCAAUAUUCCUUACAAAAUCAGCAAAAGCACCAACUGCAACACCGUUAGAUGAGCGGCGACCGGAUGAAGAAACUCAAGCGGACGUACGAAUCUAAUAUAAUGUAUGAGAGAGUACUAAAUAAAAUGUUUGAAUGGUUGUUUUUCUGGUGUUCUAAAAUUUCAUGUUUUCUCUUCUGUUGUGUCGUUCUUUUACUUUGGUCGUAUGUACUAUUUUCGUAGUCCACGUACGUUAUAUGAAGUUUCAGAUCCAGGGUUUGCGUUA